AUGGCUGCCAAGAUCUCCUCCCCCUCCUCCUCCUACGGCAAUCCCUGCCUUGAUCUGUUUUUCCAUGUAACACAAAAAUACUUCGAGGAUGACACCGAGCAGGCCUCACACAAUUCCCGUUUGCUUAACUAUCUGAAGCAACUUCUGCCCUUGGCCUGGUCUCACAAUCCCCUAAUCACACCCAAGCUCAUAAGCAACCUCGACUCUGGAAAACUUUAUGAUGAAGCGUUCUUCUCCGCCGUGUUUUGGCUCCACCACAACCACCCAAAGACUCUACUAUGUAACGUUUCAUUUAAAGACUCGUAUGUCCUUAUUGACAUUCUCUACAGCCUUUUGGAAGGCCAAGAUGCCGCUGAGAGGCUGCGCAGAGAUCCGGAUUACAAGCUGUUGCAUGACCGGGUGAUGGAUCUUUUCGUGGAGAGGUUGAAGUCUGAUAUUGAAAAGUUGAAGCAGAACAAGCUGAAACUCAAGUUGAAUGAUGAUGUUGGCAAUGAUAUUGAUGAUGAUGUUUUCGUUACUGAGGCUGCAGCGUGGUGCAUUAGCACAUGCCCCUCGGUAACCAAAGCCACCCGCGCUGUUUUGCUGCGUGAAAGCGUUGAGAGAAGGCUUUUCUCUCCAGAAUCAUCAGUUCAUUCAAAAGAGUGGAAGCGGCUGACGAAGGAGGUUUUGGAGCCCUUGACCAAAUACUACAACCGUCAAGGCAUUGCUGGACACAAGCGCCGUGACGAUAAGAAGUAUUUGGAGGAAAUUGCAGCAGGCAAUUUAAGUGGCAUAAAGUACGACGCUCUUCUUCCACAUCAGAUCAUACUCUAUGCUGAAGAUGGCAGCGAUAUCGAGCAAGCGGCUGAGCUUCAGUGGAAGACAAUGGUGGAGGGCAUGCACCUGAAGGGAAAGUUCAAAAACUGCUUGGCUCUGUAUCACACCACCAAAUACGCGGACAAGGGAGUUGGACGACGGAUGAUGAUGAGUUUGGCACUUUUGCUGUCUCAACUGAGCGAAGGGCCAUGGAAAGGCAAGGUGAUCACUUUUGGUAAUUCGGCCAAAGAUCAGCUGGUACUACAUUCGAUACGAGGCGAUGAUCUCAAGUCCAAGUGCAAUUUUAUGAGGACAAUGGAGUCCGACUUGUUUGUUGAUUAUGAGAAAUUGUUUGAUAUUCCGGAGGUGGCUGCCAUUGCCAAGGGGAGUGUGAAGCCGAAGCAGAAGAUCAAGAAGGUGUUUGUAUUUAGCGAGUCCCUUAGCGGCAUACAAGAGAGCCAGUAUGAGGCAAUACGGAGAAAGUUUAAGGACAAAGGGUAUGGAGAUGACGCGGUGCCACACAUUCUGUUUUGGAAUUUUGGGGAAUUAGAAGAUCCGUCGAUGCCUCCAAAACAACAUCCAGGGCUGACACUGCUCAGUGGCUACUCCGACAAUUUGAUCAAGGUCUUCUUGUAUAAUGGUGGGGAAAUUGUCCCGCGCCAUCUAAUGGAGGCAGCCCUUUCGGACAAAGAGUAUCAAACUCUUGCUGUAGUCGACUGA